AUGUUUGCUCUCGUCUUGGCAUCUCUGCUUUUUUCUGUGACGGUUCAAAAUGCAGUCAGAGGUAUGUGUAUUUAUGAAAGUCCUUUUUAUCACUUCAAUGUUCAACAAAAUAGAACAAAAUGAUUUUAAUGAUGGAUGUGGUUACAAAGUCCUUCCCUUCACCUCAUCUGUUAUUGAAGAAAUCUGAAGGCUGUAGUUAUCUAAGAGAUCACUAUUAGUGACAUGAUUAUAGAAAUAUGAUCAAUGUUGAGAUGUCUGCUGAGCUCUACUGACAACAGAAAGUGAAGUUGAUGUGAAUCUGAAGAAGAAGCCGACCGAACAGUUGGUAUAAAACAUGCUCUGACAAACUCAAACAUUUCUAUCCCUGCAUGUCUCACUGUUUGUUUUUUCAACAGGGUCUUCAGAGACGGAAGUAACUCAAUGCCAGUUGAAAGACUUCUGCAUUACUUUAAGGAGAGGAGAAAUAAGAGCAGAAACUGGACUCUGUGUUGUGAUACCGUGCUCUUUCACAGUAGAUCCUGGAUUUAUUCCCAAGAGUAUUAAUUGGUUCAAAUGUGAGACGUCUGGGAAAUGUGCUGAUUCAGAGAUAAUAUACAGAUCAUACAGUGGAGAAGUUCAUAGAUCUGAAUUCAGAGGCAGAGUAACACAGUUGGAGCCGAACAUUUCUGAGAGGAACUGCGGCAUCAUCAUCAGUGACCUGACUGUAUCAGACUCUGGAUCGUAUCAGCUCAGAGUUAAUGGUCAGUUUAAUGGACGCCCUGAUAGAUUCCAUUAUACUUCAAGAUCAACUGUCUCCGUUAAAGGUAUGAAGAGUUUCACAAACAUUCAGUCAAAAAGUGAAUUACUGGACAUUUACACUCACCGGCCACUUUAUUAGGUACACCUGUCCAACUGCUCGUUAACACUUAAUUUCUAAUCAGCCAAUCACAUGGCGGCAACUUAGUGCAUUUAGGCAUGUAGACAUGGUCAAGACAAUCUCCUGCAGUUCAAACCGAGCAUCAGUAUGGGGAAGAAAGGUGAUUUGAGUGACUUUGAACGUGGCAUGGUUGUUGGUGCCAGAAGGGCUGGUCUGAGUAUUUCAGAAACUGCUGAUCUCGUGGGAUUUUCACGCACAACCAUCUCUAGGGUUUACAGAGAAUGGUCCGAAAAAGAAAAAAUAUCCAGUGAGCGGCAGUUCUGUGGGCGGAAAUGCCUUGUUGAUGCCAGAGGUCAGAGGAGAAUGGCCAGACUGGUUCGAGCUGAUAGAAAGGCAACAGUGACUCAAAUAACCACCCGUUACAACCAAGGUAGGCAGAAGAGCAUCUCUGAACGCACAGUACGUCGAACUUUGAGGCAGAUGGGCUACAGCAGCAGAAGACCACGCCGGGUGCCACUCCUUUCAGCUAAGAACAGGAAACUGAGGCUACAAUUUGCACAAGCUCAUCGAAAUUGGACAAUAGAAGAUUGGAAAAACGUUGCCUGGUCUGAUGAGUCUCGAUUUCUGCUGCGACAUUCGGAUGGUAGGGUCAGAAUUUGGCGUCAACAACAUGAAAGCAUGGAUCCAUCCUACCUUGUAUCAACGGUUCAGGCUGGUGGUGGUGGUGUCAUGGUGUGGGGAAUAUUUUCUUGGCACUCUUUGGGCCCCUUGGUACCAAUUGAGCAUCGUUGCAACGCCACAGCCUACCUGAGUAUUGUUGCUGACCAUGUCCAUCCCUUUAUGACCACAAUGUACCCAACUUCUGAUGGCUACUUUCAGCAGGAUAAUGCGCCAUGUCAUAAAGCUGGAAUCAUCUCAGACUGGUUUCUUGAACAUGACAAUGAGUUCACUGUACUCAAAUGGCCUCCACAGUCACCAGAUCUCAAUCCAAUAGAGCAUCUUUGGGAUGUGGUGGAACGGGAGAUUUGCAUCAUGGGUGUGCAGCCGACAAAUCUGCGGCAACUGUGUGAUGCCAUCAUGUCAAUAUGGACCAAGCUCUCUGAGGAAUGCUUCCAGCACCUUGUUGAAUCUAUGCCACGAAGAAUUGAGGCAGUUCUGAAGGCAAAAGGGGGUCCAACCCGUUACUAGCAUGGUGUACCUUAUAAAGUGGCCGGUGAGUGUAGAUAAAGUGUGUGAAUUCAGGCUGUGAAGAUUCCAGAUGAAGCAGGAAGUAAUUUUGGCAUAUACUGACCUCUAGUGGUAAACUGUGAGAACUGCAGUGGUCCCACACAUCACUCCCACAAUUCCAAGAUAAUAAGUGUCCAGAAUCUGAGUAAAUUUGAAGUGUUUUAAUAGUUUCCAUGCUGCUCACCUCAUGUACUCAUGGACCUCUCUCUCAUCAGCUCUGACCCAGAAGCCCACAGUGAUGAUUCCUCCUCUGACAGAGGGACAGCAGACCACACUGAGCUGCACUGCUCCUGGUCUCUGCUCUGGAUCUGCUCCUCAGAUCACCUGGAUGUGGAGACGAGGAGAAAACGACUCUGUCAUUAGAGGAAACUUCCGUACUGAGAGGCUGUCUGCUGUUGCACAAAGACACAGCUCAACUUUGACCUUUACUCCCUCAGCUGAGGACCAUGGUACUGAGAUCACCUGUAAGGUCAGCUUCAAAAACAACAUCUCCACAGAGAAGAAAGACACUCUGACUGUGACCUGUGAGUAUCUGAUCUCUUAUAUUAUUCUGACUUUGAAAAAGUAAAAAUGAAGCCGUCUUCUUUCUUGUCUUUCAUUUUGUCUUGCAGAUGUAAAGGAGCCUGUCAUCACAGGAAACACAACUGUGAAAGAGGGUGAUGAUCUAAAUCUGAGCUGCAGUGUUGACAGUUUCCCUCCAUCUAUCAUCACAUGGACCAAACUCAACUCAAACAAAAGCCUGAACAAUGACACCAGAUCAGCUGAUCUCUUCAUCCUCAACAUGACAAAAGAAGAUUUUGGAAAGUACAUCUGCACAGCAACACACAAGAACCAAACCAGGUCUACACAGGUUGAGGUGAUCCUGGCAGGUCAGUGGUGUCCUCUGAAAGAGUAACACACCAUCAUAACACCGAACACUGUGUUUUUUCUGUGAUGUUGAGAUUAUUCUUGUUUGUUUACAGUUUCACCAAAGAUUUUAAAAAGCUCUGCAUGUAAAGUUCAGUCCGGGUUCCUGACCUGUGUGUGUAUCAGUGAGGGGUUUCCUUUACCCACCGUCAAAUGGCCACAGCUGAAGAAGCACACUGAAUACUUUGUCUUCAAAAGUGUGUCUAAGAACAGAGUCAACAGCAGCAUCACUGUAUCUGUCAAAGAUCACAACUACUCUACUGUUGGGUGUGUCAGCAAAAAUAACUUUGGAGAAGUAAAGAAGCAGCUGAAGACCAUCAUAGAAAAUGAGACUAAAGUCGUGUUGAGACAGGAGGGUGAGUGCUGAUUAUUGAUUUUAACCACUUUGAAAAAUAACAAUUUAAUUUUCAAUGUCAAACCUCAGUUCAUAAAUUUGACCACUGAUUAAAAUUAUGAUCAUAUUUGUUUUUUAAAUGUUGAUUUGAAUUUGCAGAUCCUGUCGAGAAGUUUUCAGAGGUGCUGACACAGCCUCGGGUCAUCGUUGCCUUUGUGAUUGGCGUACUUCUCUCAGCUGUCACCUGCUGUUUGGUCAGAAAAUGUCAAACUGGGUAAAACUAAAAGUUUAUCUCCUUUGAAAAACACUUUCCUGUUUAACACCAACACUCUGCUUUUGUUGCAUCGACAGUCAAUAGUAAGAAAAGCUUUGUCAGCUCUUUUGAGAUCCAGAACACAGUUUGCUGUGAAGUCCAGCUGCUCAGCCCUCCUGACUUUGUUCACACUUUUUUGACUGUAAAUAACAAAGUGUUUUUCGCGAAGGAGGAAGCAUGUUCAGAGAUGUAAAUCUACUUAACGUCAGCUGUUAUUCAGUCAAUCCUGUCUGUUGAUUUUGUUUGUUUUUAAAUGUCUUUGCAGGAGAAAACUGAAAGGAAACACAUCUUUGGAGAACCUGGAGAUGGUGAGUCCUCAGACUGUUUCCUUAAUAUUGAUGCUUCAGAAAGUAAACAUGAUUAAAACACGAAAGGAUAAGAUUUUGAAGUUAAUGAAUCAAAGGGCCAGGGUUCGAGUCCAGCCUGUGGCUCCUUUUCAGAACGUCAUUCAGCACUAUCCUAUCCUCUCUAAUAUAUAAUUACUCAAAUAUCGAUUUGAACAGUAAAAUCACUGAGUGUUGACCAUUGCUCAGAGCUAAAGUUAUUCUAAAUUUUGAAACAUGCACUGAUAAAUCGGCCAGCCUAUCGAUCGGCACCAAUAUCCUCAAUUUUGGGGGAUUGGUGAUCGGCUGAUUCUUACAUAUGAAACCGAUUUUAUCCACCGAUCUUAUCUAUCUGAAAGUCAGCCGUUAAAGCUUUUUGCUUUGCCAGAGUGACAGGCCCGCCCACCUGGUCACGUGUGCACACACAUCAGCUCCAGCAGCACACACAACAGUCAUCCAAAGCAUGAUCAACCAAGCAUGUUGAACCCACUACAAGGAAACCUAAAACUCAGGACAGUUUAUUGGUGGUUUAAGGCCCGAACUACACGAAGGCGGAUAUAUUUCAAACCGCACAUAUUUAUGUCCGAUUAGGCCUCCCUACCACACCAAACCGGGAGUUUGGAGCACUCAAACCGGAUAAAUCUGAAUCCGGAAAAACAAGCGGAGAAAUAAAAAAAUAUCCGUAUCCCGUAUCCGCAGAGGAUUCGUGUGGUCGGACUUUUACGGAUCGAUGACGUCAAACCGCAGCUCGCGCAUGCGAAUUAAAAACAAAAACAAUAACAACAACGAUGGCGGACAUACAGGGUAUUCUUUACGUUUGUUUCGCCCUUUUGGGGCUAAUUUCAGCCUUGAAAGUGAACCUUAUUUUAUACAAUUACAUCCACCAGUCAGCCAGCUCACAGAGGCGUCUGCUGCGCCCAAUACUUUUUUUGGAGAGCAAUCGUAACGUUAACGUUAGGCGUUUUAAAGUUCGCCAGAAGCGUAAGUUUUGGGUCAAGUGGUGGGACAACUCUGUUAGAGGGGCUGUGCCUGCAGAUGAAUGGAAGCUAAACUUCCGAUUCAUCGGCCAAUCAGGUAGCUUUGUUCCUGAAUUUUUUUAAGCGGCACCAGAUAGGAUUGAGUUUGAAGGCUACAUGUGGACGCAGAUAUUUUUGAGAACUAACACGUGUGGACUGGUACAUUUAUUUAGACGGGAGUACAAAAAUAUCAAGAUAAAUAAAUAUCCGCCUUCGUGUAGUUCGGGCCUAAGUUGUUCGUUUGUUCUGUAAAUUAUUAUUUUACUAACUUCCUCAAACCUUGUGAUUUCCUUUAUUUGUAAAAGCAAAAUACUGCUGUGCAUUUUAUUUUGGUAAGAGGCUCAAAACAGGCCUGAAGUGUGACCCGUUCAUUUUUAAAAUGUGGAAAAUAAAAGACUAAAGGAACUGAAAUAAUUUAGUAGUUUGGACAGAAAUAUUCUAAACUUUUCAUUUAUAUUGGAGAGAACUUCCUCAUGUGCAGUUAAAACGAACACAAAAACUUUGUAUUGUUUCACAAGUAUUGAAGCAUCGAAGGUGAAUGUUGUCAGUUAUAAAGAAAAAAGAAAUGGUAUUGGCCAAAAUCAGUAUCAGCAGGUCAAGCUUUUUAAAGAUCGGUGAUCGAGAAUUGUGAUGCAUGCACCUCUAUGUUUGCAUGUUUCGAGCCCUUCUGCCCCGGGACCCUAGAUGUAAAUUAGCUCCAAAGCUAACUGGCUCAGCAGCUUAUGUGGUGCUCAGUCUCUAUCAAAUAAACAGAUUAACUAAUGAACUAAACUAAUAUUGAGAAAAUGAAAUGUAAACGCUAGACUGAAUAGAAAGAUCUAAACAACAGCUUUCUAGACCAUAACUGAAAUGAGAGCAGGUACGUCAGUUUAAGUUAAUUUCCAACCAUCUCUGGAGUUAUUGGAUCGGAUUUAGGGCUGUUUCCAUCUGAUGACUCCUUUAAUGAGGGCUGAAAACAUUUACAACUACUGAUGGAGAGAUUUCAUACAAAGUUUACUCAUGUGUUCGUCUUCUGAAUUGUGUCUGACAGAUGGAUGUCAAUCAAGCUCUCGAAAAAGGUCAGAACCAUGACCACGGCGGAGGUGACAGUGAAGCUACAGCCGCCUUGCAUUCAGCUCCUGACGGUGAGGUUGAACAGCGAGAGGUGGAGUACUCAGAAAUUAACUUCUCUUUGUUGAAAAGUCGGAGUCCCUCAGGGACAGAGAACAUCCGGGGGACCCCAGAGUCAGAGUACGCUGAGGUCAGGAGGGAGAAGAAGAAGGAGAUUCAAGAUGAGGGUGAAGAGGAUGGUGAGACUUUGGAGGGGGAUUAAGAGGAGGAGGUGGUGGAGGAGGAGAGCAAGGACAGAGUCUCUGAGAAAGAGGACAAGGAUGCAGUGGUGUAUUCUAAUGUGAAGGAUUUAAUUCAGGAGAUUUGAGGACGGUGCAGUUUCUCGCUGUAACUGGUGGACUGAUGUGAGUUUAAGCUCUGUUUUAAGGACAACGUGGACAUUUCUGUGUGUGUGCGUAUAAGAGAAAAUCUAGUCUGUACUGUAGAAACAAAAGCUUAGAGUAAACUCAGAUGAGGUGACGUGUUUUCUGCCCCAGAUUAUCUGUUAUAGGACAUGUCUGCUAAUUUCACAGGCUGGAGAAUUUGCAUUUCCAUUUUUUGUAUUAUUCCAAAACAUAUCUAAUGUUGCAGCUUGAAUCGACCGCUCUGUACAUUAAACAUCAAACUGUUAAAGGAAGUUUUUUACAUUUUGACUUAGAAUUGCAAACUUUAAUGUGUUCAAAGGAUGUUUUUACAUGAUUUUAAGUUACUGCUUUGUUCAGUUGUGUUUUCACUUCUGAUGAAACAUUUUUAUUCUGUAAAUAAAAGCAGCAGAUUGUGCACAUAUAGAUCUGUUUUUAUGUCAACAUACUAUAAUUUAGAGUUUCUCAGAUUUUGGUUGUGGUGUUGUUGGAGGUUUAAUUUGUUUUCUUUGUAAAUUGUUUUAUAUAAUCUGCCUUUUUAAAAUGUAUGAAGAAUUGAAUGACAUAUGCUUUAGAAAUAGCUCUGUGUGUGAAUAAAAUAUUAUUAGAGUUUAUUGGAGUACAGCUUCUCAUUGUUAUUCCUUAAAGUGAUUUUGAGUGUGCAUGGGGGUUUAUACUCUGUAAUGUGUCGCCUUGACUUGAGUGUUCAGAUAUGAAGAGCUGAAGUGGAUCGUUUUUGGCAUUUUGGCAUACUGACCUCUAGUGGUAAACUGUGAGAACUGCAGUGGUCCCACACAUCACUUCAUUGAGAGCCAGAAGAGAAUCAGUGAGGGGUUUCCUUUACCCACCGUUACAUGGUCACUGGUGAACAAUCACACCCAACACAGCGAUACCACUAGUGUGUUAAAAAACAGAGUCAACAGCAGCAUCACUGUAUCUGUAGAAGAUCACAGCUACUCCACUGUUGGGUGUGUCAGCAAAAAUAACUUUGGAGAAGUGAAGAAGGAGCUGAAGAUCAUAAUAGAAAGCCAGUUUGAACAGGAGGGUGGGUACUGACGGCUAAAGGCUGACUUAAAAUAAAUACUUGAUUUUAUUUGCAGUAAUGCCAUCUAAGGUAAAGUUUAAACAAAGAAACUAUUAAACUAUUAAUUUAGAUCCUCAGGAACACCUGACUAUAAGGUUCUCAGAUUUUAGAAGUUGGAUAUUUAGUAGAAAGUUGAUACUUCUUUAAUUUUAUCUUUCAAGUGUCACAUAUUAGAAACUUGUACAUGUUGGAAAACAUGAUGUCAGUGAAUAUGAGUUUGGGUUUUAGACAUUAACAUGAGAGUGAAAAAAAUAUAAGAACUUCCUGGAAACUUGUUUAAGUAUGAACACAGAAGAAGUAGAAGAAGAGGAUGAAAAGGAGGAAGAAUCAUUUUACAGCAGAGACUCAGCAGAGGCCAGUGAGAGCAGAAGAACAAGAUAAAUAAAGGUAAAACUCAACACUGACUGUAGUUUUAGAGUUUUAAUGUGAAGUGAGGCUGUCUAAACUAAUCAAUUAUUUUGACUUUUUCUCCAAAUCAAACCGUGAACAGCAGGUACAAGGUUUUGAUUUGAAGAGUUUUAGCACGAGGGAAAUUAUGUAUUCUUAAAAUGUUCUUUUAAAUACUUAAAAGUCAUUAUUACAGUUUUUAAGUUGUAUGUUAACAGUUUGGUUCAACAGGUCCUUGUAGAUGCUGACCAUAUGUAAAAAGAAUAACAAGAACCUUUAUUGACAUGUUUAUACUAAGUGACCGUAUGAAUUGAUCUGACAUUGUCGUUUAUUCAGAUCAGAGUAAACCAUGGAGGAGUUUCAUUCACUUCAAGUUUUCAGUGUUUCAAAUGAUUUUUUCCUCUGAAGUAGGGAUGCACGAUAUUUAUCGGACCGAUAGAAUAUCGGCCGAUUUGGGGGAAAAUUACGUCAUUUUUUAUCGGUCCGAUAGGUGCAUUUUUCCGAUAGAAAGAGCCGAUAUAUUAAUGAAAUUACGAGAAACGUUUGCAGGCGGAGUAGCCGCCCGUCGCGCCUUACUCGCAGGUCCCAAGCCUGACCCCUGUCACUACCUGACUGAUAAUAAAAUGUCUUCACCAGCAUGGUCGUUUUUCUCAGUGGCAGAAGAUGACAACAGCUGUUAUAUGCAAAACCUGUUCAGCGAGGAUUCCGAGAGGCGGAAUGAAGACGUCAAGUUUUAACACAACGAAUCUGAUAGCUCAUCUGAAAAGUCGCCAUCGCGGCGAAGCGGUAGUAAAAGAAUAUGAGACAGCCGCCGAAGCUGCUAGCGGUACUAAAGCUAAGACAACAACACUACGGAGGAUUGAUGUCCCCAUUCAGCAGGCGUUUAAAAACUGCAAAAGCUUCUCAAGAGACAGCGAAAAGGCUAAAGCCAUUAACGACAAAGUGAUGGAAUUCAUAGCGGUCGACGACCAGCCUUUUUCCGUCGUUGAGAACCCGGGUUUUCGUAAGUACAUAGCACACUUGGAGCCACGUUACACUCUCCCAAGCUGCCGCUUCUUCUCGGAUGUGUCUCUUCCUGUACUCUGUGAUAUUGUCGCCACAUACAUUCACAACCUGAUCGACAAGAACGGACUACACGUGAGUUUUACCACAGACAUAUGGACGUCAGAUGUUAGUCCGGUCAGCAUGCGAAGCCUAACGUCUCAUAAUAGCCCCUUUACAGUUUACAGUUCUGUUGAACAGUUCAGGGGAUCAAAUGAAGUUCUGCUUUUUGCUCUGUUAUUGUUAUUUAUAGCUAAUGACCACAUAUUUUUGUGAUGACAUGGAAAAAAUAAACAUUUGAAGAGCCAAAAACUUUAGUUUGUUGUUCUAGAUGGGCCAGAGCAACAAAAAUAUCAGUUUUCAAUCACUGCAUCCUGCACAAACUGCAGAUUAUAUGAAGAUUAUAAUAAAUGUAAAAAUAUGAAUUUAUCAGUUAUCGGUAUCGGCCAUGAGAAGAAGAAAAUUAUCGGUUAUCGGUAUUGGUUGAAAUUUUUCAUAUCGUGCAUCACUACUCUGAAGGUUAAAUUAUUUCUUUGGACAGAUAUUUGGGCCGUUCUCCAUCAAACAAGGAUGUUUGCUCUCGUCUUGGCAUCUCUGCUUUUUUCUGUGACGGUCCACAAUGCAGUCAGAGGUAUGUGUAUUUAUGAAAGUCCUUUUUAUCACUUUAAUGUUCAACAAAAUAGAACAAAAUGAUUUUUAAUGAUGGAUGUGGUUACAAAGUCCUUCCCUUCACCUCAUCUAUUAUUGAAGAAAUCUGAAGGCUGUAGUUAUCUAAGAGAUCAGUAUUAGUGACAUGAUUAUAGAAAUAUGAUCAAUGUUGAGAUGUCUGCUGAGCUCUACUGACAACAGAAAGUGAAGUUGAUGUGAAUCUGAAGAAGAAGCCGACCGAACAGUUGGUAUAAAACAUGCUCUGACAAACUCAAACAUUUCUAUCCCUGCAUGUCUCACUGUUUGUUUUUUUAACAGGGUCUUCAGAGACAGAAGAAAAAGUAUGCCAGGAAGGAGACUUCUGCACUACUUUGAAUAAAGGGGAAAUAAGAGCAGAAGCUGGACUCUGUGUUGUGAUACCGUGCUCUUUCACAGUAGAUCCUGGAUUUACUCGCCAAAAUAUUAAUUGGUUCAAAUGUGAGACGGCUGUGAGAUGUCCUUAUUCAGAUAUAAUAUACAGAUCAGACAGUGGAGAAGUUCAGCCUGAAUUCAGAGGCAGAGUAACACAGUUGGAGCCGAACAUUUCUGAGAGGAACUGCAGCAUCAUCAUCAAUGACCUGACUGUUUCAGACUCUGGAUCGUAUCAGCUCAGAGUUAAUGGAACGUUUAAAGGAGCGAACGAUGGAUUCCAAUAUAUCUUAAAAUCAACUGUCUCUGUUAAAGGUAUGAAGAGUUUCACAAACAUUCAGUCAAGAAGUGAAUUACUGGACAUUUAGAUAAAGUGUGUGAAUUCAGGCUGUGAAGAUUCCUGAUGGAGCAGAAAGUAAUUUUGGUAUAUACUGACCUCUAGUGGUAAACUGUGAGAACUGCAGUAGUCCCACAUAUUACUCCCACGAUUCCAAGAUCAUAAGUGUUCAAUAUCUCUGAGUAAAUUUAAUGUGUUUGAAUAGUUUCCAUGCUGCUCACCUCAUGUACUCAUGGACCUCUCUCUCAUCAGCUCUGACCCAGAAGCCCACAGUGAUGAUUCCUCCUCUGACAGAGGGACAGCAGACCACACUGAGCUGCACUGCUCCUGGUCUCUGCUCUGGAUCUGCUCCUCAGAUCACCUGGAUGUGGAGAGGGAGAAGAAACAAUGAGUCCCACAUCAUAGGAAACACAACCGCAUUAAAGACUGUUAAUUUGACUGUUAUCACACAAAGACACAGCUCAACUUUGACCUUUACUCCCUCAGCUGAGCACCAUGGUACUGAGGUCACCUGUAAGGUCAGCUUCAAAAACAACAUCUCCACAGAGAAGAAAGAGACUCUGACUGUGACCUGUGAGUAUCUGAUCUCUCAUAUUAUUCUGACUUUGAAAAAGUAAAAAUGAAGCCGUCUUCUUUCUUGUCUUUCAGAUGUAAAGGAGCCUGUCAUCACAGGAAACACAACUGCGAAAGAGGGUGAGGAUCUAAAUCUGAGCUGCAGUGUUGACAGUUUCCCUCCAUCUAUCAUCACAUGGACCAAACUCAACUCAAACAAAAUCCUGAAAACACAGUUCAGUCCGGGUUCCUGACCUGUGUGUGUAUCAGUGAUGGGUUUCCUUUACCCACCAUCAAAUGGUUGCUGCUGAAGAAUCCCACCCAACACUGUGUAACGACUAGUGUGUUAAAAAACAGAGUCAACAGCAGCAUCACUGUAUCUGUCAAAGAUCACAGCUACUCCACUGUUGUGUGUGUCAGUGAAAAUGACUUUAGAGAAGUGAAGAAGGAGCUGAAGAUCAUAAUAGACAGCGAGUUUGAACAGGAGGGUGGGUACUGACGGCUAAAGGCUGACUUAAAAUAAAUACUUGAUUUUAUUAUUAAAACAAAUUUUGUUUAAACUUUCUUUUCACAAGUAGUACCAGCGUUAAAAACUGUCUUUUUUAAUGUGUUCCUGUCUAUUACAGAGCUCCUUACUGGUCAGUUUCUUAAUUUUUUUCUUAAGGGAAUUUUUUAAAAUCUGUUUAUUCAUUUUUACACAGGAACUACGAUGACUGCAGUUUUUAGGUCUGCUUACUGAUGCUGUGCUAUAUGAGGCACUUAUCAAGAUUCAGUGUGCAGUAUAUACUUAAAACAUAUCCUUAAAAAUAAUGAUUGCAUUUUCAAAACUAAAUUCAUUAAACCUCAGUUCAUAAAUUUGACCACUGAUUAAAAUUAUAAUCAUAUUUGUUUUUUAAAUGUUGAUUUGAAUUUGCAGAUUCUGUCGUGAAGUUUUUGGAGGUGCUGAAACAGCCUCGGGUCAUCGUUGCCUUUGUGAUUGGCGUACUUCUCUCAGCUGUCACCUGCUGUUUGGUCAGAAAAUGUCACGGGUAAAACUAAAAGUUUAUCUCCUUUGAAAAACACUUUCCUGUAUAACACCAACACUCUGCUUUUGUUGCAUCGACAGUAAAUAGUAAGAAAAGCUUUGUCAGCUCUUUUGAGAUCCAGAACGCUGUUUGCUGUGAAGUCCAGCUGCUCAGCCCUCCUGACUUUGUUCACACUUUUUUGACUGUAAAUAAAGUGUAAAGGAGGAAGCCUGUUCAGAGAUGUAAAUCUACUUUACGUCAGCUGUUAUUCAGUCGAUCCUGUCUGUUGAUUUUGUUUGUUUUUAAUUGUCUUUCCAGGAGAAAAGGUGACGGUGAAGCUGCAGCCGCCGUGCAUUCAGCUCCUGACGGUGAUGUUGAACAGCGAGAGGUUGAGUACUCAGAAAUUAACUUCUCUUUGUUGGAAAGUCGGAGUCCCUCAGGGACAGAGAACAUCCAGGGGACCCCAGAGUCAGAGUACGCUGAGGUCAGGAGGUAGAAAAAGAAGGAGAUUCAAGACAAGGGUGAAGAGGAUGGUGAGACUUUGGAGGAGGAUUACGAGGAGGAGGUGGUGGAGGAGGAGAGGAAGGACAGAGUCUCUGAGAAAGAGGACAAGGAUGCAGUGGUGUAUUCUAAUGUGAAGGAUUUAAUUCAGGAGAUUUGAGGACGGUGCAGUUUCUCUGUGUAACUGGUGGACUGAUGUGAGUGAGGGAAGCCAAGAGGGAAAAUCAAAAACAAAAGCUUAGAGUAAACUCAGAUGAGGUGACGUGUUUUCUGCCCCAGAUUAUCUGUCAUAGGACAUGUCUGCUAAUUUCACAUGCUGGAGAAUUAGCAUUUCCAUUUUUUGUAAUAUUCCAAAACAUAUCUAAUGUUGCAGCUUGAAUCGACCGCUCUGUAUAUUAAACAUAAAACUGUUAAAGGAAGUUUUUUACAUUUUGACUUAGAAUUGCAAACUUUCACGUGUUCAAAGGAUGUUUUUACAUGAUUUUAAGUUACUGCUUUGUUCAGUUGUGUUUUCACUUCUGAUGACACAGCAGACUGUGCACAUAUAGAUCUGUUUUUAUGUCAACAUACUAUAAUUUAGAGUUUCUCAGAUUUUGGUUGUGGUGCUGUUGGAGGUUUAAUUUGUUUUCUUUGUAAAUUGUUUUAUAUAAUCUGCCUUUUUAAAAUGUAUGAAGAAUUGAAUGAUUUAUGCUUUAGAAAUAGCUCUGUGUGUGAAUAAAAUAUUAUUAGAGUUUAUUGGAGUACAGCUUCUCAUUGUCAUUCCUUCAAGUGUUUUUGAGUGUGCAUGGGGGUUUAUACUCUGUAAUGUGUUGCCUUGACUUAAGAUUAGUUUCUUUUGCCUGAAGGUGUAACAAAUUAUAAACCAUACCGUUAUAAGGAAUAACAAUUCAUAAACAUUAGUAUAAGCUGUUAUGAAUGCUUAUCGUCAAUAAAUAGGGUUGUUAUGAAGCCUCAUUGAUACUUUUAAAAGGCUCUGUGGUGCAUAAUAAGGAGUUGGUUCAUAUUAAGUUUUACCGAAAACACAAAAUUCCCCGGGUCAGUUCUUGUGGUCUUGUGGUCCGAAGUUACUUAAAUCUGUUAAAUAUGUCUUCUGGAAAAACCUGACUUUCAUUUCAAACACUCAGCACUUUUUUUGUGCAGAAGAAAUUUAGAGAAAGGAGUUUAAAGUUAUCAGCUUUCUAUCAUAUAACCCUGCAUUACAACCUUUGACACAACAGUUUGUAUUAAACCUUCAUAUAAAUGACAGAUGACUUUAACGUUACUGCAACUGAAUAACUCAAAACUCUAAGAUUUGAUGAAAAUAGAGGUUUAUAUACGGCACUGAAACUGUUGCUGUAAUAGGAAGUAUAUGAAUGACUCCUCAGAGCUCUCAAAGUGGUAAAGAAAUUGCACAGCCCACUGAGCAUUUUUCGGUCUAACAGACAUUUGAUAGACGUCUAAUGGUCCUUAGAUGUCUGGGCUAAAACCAGUCUAAAAAUGUAGUUUUUUCAUCUGUCUAAGCUUAGACUAUCCGUCUAACAGACUAAACUACACUGUGCAUUGAUCAAUGACUGUUAAAAAUGUUUGAAUCCAACAUUUGGCCAUCAUUUACACAAUUUACAGUUGUUUUUUAUUUAAUAUUUAAAAUCUAAUAGAUUAAAUUCUGUCUUCUGGAGUCGGGCUAAAAUAUAGAUCGAUUAUAGAGGGGCGAAUUUCUGUCUGAACUAAGACGAUCCUUCUAAUAGACGUCUAAGGCUCAAUGGGAGCUAACACUUCAAAUACAGAAGUGCAAUCUUAGAGACUGAAGCCACAACAGAACAAACGCUUAUACUUUGUGUGUGAACCUUACAGUAUUUGAUGUAUGACACAAUGUCCGCCCCAUAGACUGUAUAUACUAUGGACAACUUGGUUCCACCUACCGCCUGUAUACAGAUUUGAAGCCGAAAAGCUCUCGGUAAUUCCGGGUUUUUCUCCACUUACUCGAAACCCGAGCUGCGCGGUAGCGAUGCGCGCAUUCGGCCGCGCAGUCACCGAGAGUCGCUGUGAUGACGCUCGGCUCAAACAGCGUAUCCCCCCGGGAGAGCUACGCAAUCCCUGAACGCCCAUAGGCUGUAUCAGGUGUCAAUCAUAGAAAACAUGAACCCCCUAAUAACUUUUAAAACGGAGCUUCACAGAAAAAAGAGGACUUGAGCUCAAACCAGUCUUACUGUAACUACAUGUCAACAUCACAACCAGGGGGAGAAAAAUUUAUGUUCUGUGUAAUAAAUUCCUAAAGUUUGUCCACAGCUCCAUGAGCUUUACUGGCGGAGGCGGGAUUUAUGACCUAUACUACAGCUCGUCAACAGAGGGUGCUGUUCUCGGAGUGGCUUCACCCAGCAAGGAGGCAGACUCUGUCCAUUCUAUAUACAGUCUAUGGUCCUCUCACACAAUAAUGUACUCAGGAUCAGUCUUCAGUGAGCACUGCAGAAAGAAGAUAUUUGAUAGUCUUUAGUUGGAAACAUCACCAGUUUGUCUACACACUGCUGCUAAGUAAAAAUUUAAAAGCAAAGACACUCAACUAAUACAGAUUCUCACAGCAAUCUUACAGAGCCUCAUAGACGUCUAAAAAUAGAAGAACAGAUACUGUACUCCACGUUUCUCAAGAUGACCAAAAGUUUUGUUGCACAUUUGAGCGCAUCUGGUAAACUUCCUCUUUUCAAAUGAGCUGCAUUCAUCAGUCACCGACAUCAUAAGCCUCUCAGUUUAAGAAGUGAAAACUCCAACUAAAACUAUCUCUAACACAUGACAAUAGGCCAAUAAUGUAAGGUUAAAACCCUACAAAACUGUCGAUUCGUAUCAAUUUUGCUCUGCAUGAGCAGUUUUUGAACAGAAAAGGAAGAAGUAGAAAAAGUGAUAAAAGGAAGAGCCGAUUUAGGGAAGAGUGACACUUCAGAAAGUGGAGGAAAGACAGCAAGACAAACAGGUAUCACUCUCUUUAAUUGUGUCAUUUUAUAGACAUGUUGUUUACUUAAAAACUGGACUGGUUGGGAACGAUGCUUGGUGCUAAAAAAGGGUGGACUCUGUACUGUAUUAGAGAAGAGGUGUUUGAAGGGAGAGUGUUAGAGUCCUUUUUUUAAAGGUUAUGUCUGUAUCAGCUGGUUUUAUGCUCUUGAAACUAUGUGAUGAGAAGUGUAUCAUGAAGCCGCUUUACGAAGUCUAUCUUUUCUUCUAAAUUCACACUAAGUCUUCUAAAUAAAGUAGAGAGUCUAGCUCCCUUGGAUGGGGAAGUUGUAACCAAAUUUAGAUGAAGCAACUGUAGAAUAACCAAAUGUGCAACAUCCUGUUUUAAGAUCUGUAUGCUGAACUCUCACUAGAACUGUAUUUCACUUUUAGUCACUGAGUUUCCAGCAGAGUUACUGUAAAGGCUGUGCUGUGGAGGAAAAAGCAAAAAGCAGCUUCUGUCCUUUUGAAGAUGCCCCCAAAUGGCAAAUAUUUGGCCUGUGAAGAGAGAGCGGCGUGGGUAAAACCGCAAUGAUCCUUCAGAGUCCAAAGCACACUGUUGUACGUAUGUACAAUCAAAUGACUUUAAGUAUAGUUAAGGUCCUCUUAUGAGUUAUAUGCAGCAGAAACGGUGAUAAGAUUUGUCUUUUCCAUCUUGAUUUUAGCAACUGGUAUUUACAGCAUCUACAAAAGUGAUUUUCUACAGCUGGAGAUAUGAUCUUUGCUUAUCAAUUGGAACUCGUCAUCCAGUAAAACAGAACCGAUUCAGGCCCCUAAGCCACUUUUUCCACUGAGCUUUACCGAGUUAUCAUUCUCGCCCUAAACUCUAUCCUCCAGGGACCCUUUCAUGCAAAUGUUUUAACUUUAAGAGAGGUGAAAAUGCAACAUCCUGUAUCAAUGUCAGUGCUGUCAGCUCUGUGUUUUUCAUCCACUUCAGUAAACCUUACUUCCUGUUUUCCUAUUGAAGGUUUUUCAAGUGUUUUAGAGAGUCUGAGAAACAUUUGAGGAUCCACACCAGUCUAAGCCGUCGAAAAAGGAUGUUUGUUCUCCUGUGGGUGACUUUCCUCCUCACGGUUGGGAGAAACAAUGCCAAUGAAGGUAAAGUGCACAUUUUAAUUCAAUCUUGAUUUUUUUUUUAACCUGCUUGAGUUGUUGUGAUAUUAUUUACAUAUUUUUAUUUUACUGAUUGUGGUUCUUAUCGUAAAGGAACAUAACACCAUGAUUCAUUGAUGUCUUACAAGCAGCAUGCAACAGUUGCAUGAGAAAAACUGAGAUUUGCCCCUUGACGGUUCGUCAACGUCCCAAUAAAAGCAGCCCAUCCUUGUCAGUAUCAGGCGCCAUGAGGUCUUUGCAGUGUUUAAGUAUAGCAGGGAAUUUAAAAGGCUUUUUUUCACCCAUCUCAGUUCUGACCUCUGGAGCGAACAAUAAGAGAAGAUCCUGCAAUCGGGGGUCAAAGUUCCUGUACUAUUCUGUUUGAUGUAGGUUAAGAGGUACGACGAAAGCAAACCUAUGAUAGACACAAAUAAACAAGAAUUUGCCAACAUUUUAGUCUACUCAUAGACAAGCAAGGCCAACCAAUGCGUUCAAUAAUGAGUGAGGCCUAUACAAUAAACGAUGAACCUCAGUGUCCAGGGAAUGCAAACUCUGAGAAGUGGGAAGCAUGUGACAUAGCAUUGACAUAAAAGUAAAAUACCCAGCGAACGCGAUCUCUUCGCCCUGCAGAGUUAAGAUUGAAAGCAUUUUUGAGGACUUGGAUUUUGCCUUUAAAAACAGCCUGGCUUUUGUUUCAUCUGCAUUCAAAACCAGUUUUCAGUCAAACAAAUGUAGCUGAACAGUGUUUAAAGGAAGCUGUAACUUGGAGACUUGCAGUAGAUGCAGAGCAGUACAUCGUAGAGUCGUCUGCAUAGAAAUGAAAAUCUGCAUAUUCCACAUUUUGAUUCAUAUCAUUUAUGUUAAGAAUAAAAAAGCAGUGGUCCCAACAUCAACCCUUAGUGGACUCUUUUUAUCAUAACAGCCUGCCUGUAAACACCAAGUCCUGUCUGUUAAACUGACUGACUGCUUGUUGAGACAGCCCUGCUGAUUUUGAUACCUCUUCACAUGUUCUUAUUUUCAGUUGCAUCCCCCCCAGAAACUCCAGAAAAAACAGCAGAGGUUGGACUCUGUGUGGUGAUUCCCUGUAACUUGACCUCUGAUCCUGACAUCAAUUUGGAAAGUGCAGUUUGGAUCAAAUGUGAUCAGAACUGCUCUCGUUCUGACGUAAUACUCCGAUUGAACGACACAGAUUCAGAGACUCGUUCUAGUGCCGGAGGAAGGGUUUCCCUGUUGGUUCCUGAUCUGAGUUGGAGGACCUGCAGCAUCAUCAUCAAAGAUCUCGAAAAGUCAGACUCUGGAUUUUAUCAGCUCCGAUUCAUGAAUGAUACAACAAAUGGAUUUAUUUCUUCCAGAGUGAAACUCACUGUAAAAGGUAUGAAGUUCAGAAAAGUACUGCAUUCAGCGAAUAACAAAAACAGUUGUUUUUCUGAAUGAACAGGAUACCAGUGCCUCAAGAUCAAGAGCAGCUCUCUCAGGUGUAUGAAUGCAUUUCAGAUGAUCCAGCCACUAUCAGUGAAACAUCCAUGUUUACUCAAAUGCAAUGACCAUCAUCAGCUUCAUGUCUGAACAAGUACAGAGUCCUGACAUGCCUGAACAAAGUCUAUAAACUUACAACACCAUUUAAGUUACUUCACAACAUGAGUCCCCAUGCUUCACAGCCAAACCAAGAGAAAACUAGACUUUAUAAUCUGACAGUCAGGGCUUGUUUGCUUUCUUAAGAGGUGUAAACGAAAGCUUCUGUCUGGAUGUGGAGGAACUGGAACAGGCAAAUGCAGUACACUUCCUUAAUAGAGUAUCACAGUCCAUGAAGUCUGUUGUUGAAAAAAUGUCUGGUCUCUGGGGUUGAGCUGAAUAGUAGCAAAGCAAAACCUUCAUAUCCAGGCAUCUUAUCUGGCUUUUGUUUUUAUCAAAGUUGAAGUUAACAGUAACGUGUAUAUCUGAUUAAUCUAUAUCAUUAGAAGUUAGUGUCUUGCUGACUUUGUUUUUACUGCAUAUUUUCUCUCACUUCACUUAAGAUCUGAGCCAGAAGCCUACAGUGAUGAUUCCUCUUCUACAAGAGGGGAAGCAGGCCACACUGACCUGCACUGCUCCCAGCCUCUGCCCUGCUGAGCCUGAGAUCACCUGGAUAUGGGCAGGAUCAGGAAAAACUGUCCGAGGUUCAAAUUUGACCUUUAACCCUUUGGUCUCACACCAUGGCAAGAAUGUAACCUGUAAGGUCAGCUUCGGACAAGGAGUGACGACAGCAAAAACUGAGGCUCUGAAAGUGACCUGUGAGUAAAACAUAAUAGUCCUUUUCAUAUUGCCAGUUCAAGGUGCAGUGUGACAGAGGUGGAUGAUGGGACAAAGUCGACCAACUGCUGUACCAGAAUCAAGCAAGACACACAAUAAACAGGCAUUCAGUAAAUAUAUACGAUUUACAGAACGUGAUGCUUCAUAUGAAAGCAGAUUUACCCCUUAACAUUAGAAAGUGUUUGAAUAUCUUAGCUUAAUUAAGGAUGGAAUAGGGUUGCAAAGGGGCGGAAAGUUUCCGGUAAAUUUCCAGAAACUUUCCACGGGGAAUUUAUGGGAAUUAACUGGAAAUUGGGGGUUAAUUUAAACAAAGUGUAUCAUACCCAAGCGUACUAAAUGUAAAUAUUUUUGUUUUGUCAUAAGCUGACAUCCAUGCAAAAAAUAAUACAGAUGGCAAACGCGGCAUUUUUCAGAAAAAUAAAAUAAAAAAAGCUUGUAAGCAGUGAGCAGUGUGCAUGUGAUCGAGGAGUUUACUUGCAUUAAAUCUGGUUGUUUUAGUCAAGAUUAUGCUGCAAUAUAUUUCCCCAACUAUAUUUAAGUUCCCUGUUGAGGGCCAACCUUCAAUUUUGUAAAUUUCAGAUCUAUUCCCGUCAAUUCCAGUUAAUUCCCAUUAAUUCCUGUGGAAAGUUUCCAACUUUGAAAAUUCCCGGAAUUUUGCAACCCUAGGAUUGAAGGUCUUCAGCCUCAGGUUGGACAUGUAUAAAGCUGAUCACAAACAGACUUGUGUGAUAUUUUCUAAUACUAUGUCCAAACUUUGUCUUAAAGAUAUCAGGAAACCGAACAUCACUGGAGAGACAGCUAUAGGGACGGGCAACACUCUGAAUCUGACCUGCAGUGUUGACAGUUUCCCUCCAUCUAACGUUUUAUGGACUAAACUUGGCUCCAAUACAACCCUACAAGACAAAGGAUCAGCCACACUUGUUAUCACUGCAGUGAAACCAGGAGAUGCAGGAGUGUACAUCUGUACCGCAGAACAUCUUAACACCAGUCAGAAGGAGGAAGUGAAUGUAACAGUGGGACGUGAGUAGACCGUACUAAUACAGAGACUUUUUUUCAAGGAACUGAAACCUGAGACUCAAUUUCUUUAAAGGUACAAAGUGUUAAAAUAAGUAUAAUAGGCCAAAACCUAGCACGUGAACACCGGAGCAUGCAAAUAACUUUUAGGCCAGUUUCAGUCUGUCUGAGCCGUAUACGUGUGAGAGAAAACUGAUCCCCAACCACAUAAUCCAGAUAUGUUAGUCCAACUGUGAAAGGUUCGAUUUAGUGCAACUUCAGUCAGACUAAUGCAACAAAUAGGUUUCUUUUGGAUAACAUGUCAACCUACCAACUGACCUGUCUUCUUCUGUGUUGAGUUACAGCCUGGAGCUGGCUCAGACCUCUUGACACCCCACCUCGAUUUGAAAAAUCGAUACUUGGUAAAUGAGACGAUACGAUAUAUCACCAGAGAAAAUAUCGCAACACUAUGCAGCAGUGGUGGGGGAAAGUCCCUAUGUUGUAAGUCCAAGUCGAGUCUCAAGUCUUUGCUCUCAAUUCCAAGGCAAGUCCAAGUCAACACAGACAAGUCUCAAGUCAAGUCCAAGUCCUUACCGUUUCUUUCAAGUCAAAAACAAGUCAUAUCAAAGCCAUAAACCAUUUGUUAUAUGUAAAGAUUUAUUAUUAAAUCUUUACAUAUAUAUAGAUUAUAUUAUUAAACAAGGGUUCUUGUUUGUGUUAAAUUACAUAGUGCAGCUUUAACCAAACAGUUUUACAUGUCAUAAAAAAAAUAAUCAGAUAAACUUCAAUAAUUGGAAACUUAGACAAUGUGCACAAAAAUAAGGAAGACUCAAAUACAAUCAAACAUUAAACUGAUACUCUAAUUCACUGUUCAAAAACAAAACAAAAGAGAGACACUAGGCAACAGGCGGGCAAUACUAGCGAGCGAAUUUAUGUUCAGUCCUCCCGGUGUUGUCAUUAUGAGGGAGGCUAGAGUUUGAGACAGUGUUGCCAAGUUUCGUAAGAGAAAUGAGGAAACAGACCUCCAGAAACAAGCCAAAAACAAGCGAAUUUUUUUGCGGGAAAUAAGCAGACUUGGCAACACAACACGGUGUUACCAACGGCCGUAAUUCCUGACUAUUAGUUGAUGUGACACUUUUUAAAUGGUUUGGGCCUGCCUGCUGUAAGGUAUGAAGUGACUUGAAAAGACUUGACUUGACUUUUCAAGUCACUGGGCUCAAGUCAAGUCAAGUCAAGUCUCAGGUCUUUAGCAAUCAAGUCCCAAGCAAGUCCAAGUAAUUUCUUGAUUUCAUCAAGCAAGUCAAAAACGGGACUCAAGUCCAAGUCAAGUCUUGAGCCAAGUCGUCAAGCCCCCACCUCUGCUAUGCAGUAUUGUUUUUUUUCUCCCAGCCCUAAUAUCUAACCCUGAUAAGAAAAUGUCCAGAAUGACCGCAAUCCCAGACCCACCAGUUUGUUAAAAUGAGAUAGAUGGUCGGUCUUGCGACAUCAGGCUGCGUAAGAAGUAUGCACAUCAUAUUCUACCACCUAAUGUAUACUUCACUAACGCCAUCAUCCUCCUCUUACAGCAUAUUCAAAGAUCCUCAGCGGCUCUGGAUGCAGAAAUGACUCAAAGCAUCUGAUCUGCAUUUGUAUCAGUGAAGGGGUCCCUUUACCCACCAUCACAUGGCCUUUGCUGGAGGGCCGCAAAGAGUUCACGGUCAUUACCACCACCUCAAACCACACCGUCAACAGCACCUUCACCCUGGCUUUAAAAAAGACAAGUCACACAACUGUUGAGUGUGUCAGCAGCAACGAGCGUGGAGAAGUAAAACAGAACCUCAUCAUAAACCAAGUAGAGGAGGAAGGUAACCACUCACGCUAUGGGUGAAUUUGAUAUUCUAAAAGCCGUGACAGACUUUUUUUUUUUUAAUACUUUCUUUUUCUCUUGAUUUCAGAUCCAAACAUGGAACUGUUCAGACUUAUUACUCGACUGGAAAUUAUCAUUGCAUUUCUGAUUGGUGCUCUCCUCUCUGCAAUCCUUUGCUGCUUGGGGAUAAAAUGCCACAGGUACACUUUAAAUUCUUAUUUAUACAGUUUUUUUUAUAUCUUUUUACUAUGCUUGCAUACAUUUCUAGGCUCCCCUUGUGCAUAAUUUUGUAUUAUAAUCCAAUAAUAAUGAUGUGGAUAACAUCAAUAAAUAAUACUGAGAGACGGAAAAUGUCUAUGAGUGGGGUUGGUGGGCCGAAACAUGCUAAAAGUUUGGACUUGCCCUUUCAAGAGAUCUCAUAUUUGCUUAAAGUUGUGAGUUUAAUUUUUGUUGCUUUAAUACAACUUCUUAGGAAAAAACAGAGGACUUAUGGGAACCUGGCUGAGGCUCAAAAUCUGGAGAUGGUGACGAGUCAAGUGGAUCCACUGGUAAUCUUUUUUAUUCAGCAAAUUGGGACAAUCCUAACAAACUCUAACAAAUGAGAUGGAGAACUUUUCUGACACCUAGUGGUGGAAAUGAAAAUUACACUCGGAAGACUUUUUAAGUGAGGACAAUUUAUAGAGCAGUUUGACCCGAAUAUAUACAUAUUUUUGAAUCAGUUCUGUGUCGUUUCUGACAGAUGAAUGCCGGUCAAGCGGAGGAAAAUGGUCAGGCCAUCUACCAAGAAGCAACUGAAGAAGCAGGUGAUGCGGCGGCUGGAAAGCCAGAUGUUGAUUAUUCCAACCUCGAUUUCUCCAGGGUUAAAAGGAAGAGUCUUUCAGGAGCAGAGACAGCAGAGGUGAAAGAGACAGAGUACGCUGAAAUUAAGAAAGAAAACACAAGAAGAGAUGGAGAAGGCAAAGAGGAAGAGGAGAAAGACGGGGAGAACAGGGAGGGUGGAACAGAUGAUAAGGAAGGUGAGGAUGUGUACUCUAAUGUGGAGGAUAUAAUGGGUCAGAGUGAGGAUAGUGUAGCUAAAGUGUUUCAGGAAACAGCAGCUCUGUAA